AUGGCGCGAUUGCGGGCGAGCAGUCGGCUGCUGCCAGGAGCCUUGGGAGCUGCUUUGCUGGCUGGGCUUGCUGCAAGCGCCUUCCUGCAAGUUGGCAGAAGUUCUGCUUCCCCAGGCAUUGGCCGACGAGAAGUUCUCUCGCUGCUUGCCGUUGCGCCAGCAUUGAGCAAGCCAGAUGUGGCUUCCGCUGCACCACUUGCGGGCGAGUACGAUGACCCAGAUUAUCCGGGAUGCAAGAGGAGGAUCCUCACGCUGAACAACGGAGAGGUUCAAGUGAACAUGAAGGACCCAGACAGGGGGAGAUCUUGCAAGGGCAAGCAGCAAGUGAAGUUUGUCCUGCCAGGCAAGUCUUCCGGCGAUCAGGUGACGAUCGAUUUUUCCGACAGAGGUGGCCCCAGCAACGUGGUGGCCAAGUUUGAUGGCACCAACCUGGUCUUCUCCGAUGGCACCUCGUGGACCCGGAAAGGGGACCUGCCGCAGUUCAAGAAGAAGGGCAAGGGCGGCGUGGUAGGCACCAGAUUGAAUGGUGUUCAAUUCACGGAGUCAGACGACUGA